AUGGAUUUGGAGAUGGAGAUGGAGAUGAUGGGGAUGCCGAUGAGCCCGGCGAUGUCGGCGGCGGCGGUGGCGAGCGAGGACGAAGGUGACCUGAGGCGGGGCCCGUGGACUGUGGAGGAGGACGCGCUGCUCGUCGACUACAUCGCCACCCAUGGCGAGGGUCGCUGGAACUCUCUUGCUCGCUGCGCAGGGCUGAGGCGCACCGGCAAGAGCUGCCGGCUCCGGUGGCUGAACUACCUCCGCCCCGACGUCCGCCGCGGCAACAUCACCGCCGAGGAGCAGCUCCUCAUCCUCGACCUCCAUUCUCGCUGGGGCAACCGGUGGUCUAAGAUUGCGCAGUAUUUGCCCGGGAGAACUGACAACGAAAUUAAGAAUUACUGGAGGACCAGGGUGCAAAAGCACGCGAAGCAGCUCAGGUGCGACGUCAACAGCAAGCAGUUCCGCGACGUCGUCCGCCACGUCUGGAUGCCGCGCCUCGUCGAGCGGAUCCAGGCUGCAGACUCCUCCGCCGCCGCGGAGUCCGACGACGUGCCGGUGGCGCCGCCGGUGAUGGUGACGAGGUCGAUGAGCUCGCCGGCGGGCGCGAUGUACCACCACGGCCAACGGAUACCCGCCGCCGCCAUGGCGGCGGCGCCGGCAGCGGGUGCACAAGUUUACCAUCGCCGCCUGCACGGCGGCGCCGGCGCCGGAGAGACGAGCUGCAGCGAGCCGAGCCAGGUGGUGACCAUGAGCCCCGACGACGCCUCCAGCGCGCUCCAGUCGUCGUCGUCGCACUUGUUCAUCGCGUCGCCGUCGUCGGCCGGCACCGUGGCGGCGGCGAGCGGUGUGAUCGACGGAGACGUGCUUAGCGGCAGCUGGUCGGAGCUUCUUGCCACCACCACCACCGUCACCGGCCGCGACGGCCCCACCGCCGGCUUGCCGGACUUCGAUGAGCUGGGAGACUUGGAGGACAACUUGUGGAGCCUUGAGGACAUUUGGCUGCACCAGCAGUGUUGACGCAUGCAUGCCUACAUAAACCAAAUUAAUUAGUCGGAGGA